CAUGUAUCUAAUGUCAUUCAUACGAGACUCUCCACCCAGUUUUUGAGGAGCACAGAUUCUUUCUUGUGCGCGACAUCGGCGUUCUUCGCUUGUCUCAUCUACCUUUCCUGAUUCCUGUCGCGCAGCUGUUGGGCCGAUUCGUCGAACCGAUGAUCAAUCCCAUAUCUUUCCGGCCGGGCCCGGUCACGUUCUGGACCACGCUCAUCUACCUGGCCCUGCUGAUACCCAUCGUCAUCAUCAACGAGAAAACACCGGCGGCGCCUAAGACGGCCGAGCCGUUCAAGGGUGUCAACCUCACCGAGGCCUGGCUCGACCUCACCACCAUCACCAGAGCGUACCAUCCUUACAACAGCAAGUUCAACGAGGAGGUGCGCAGAUAUCUGCUGGAGAAGGUCGAGACCAUCUUGGAGGAAAAUGGCCCUAGUUGGGUGUUUGAUGGCCAAAUGACUACCGUAAAGGACGGCAAGUCUGCAGCAGUCACCGUUUUCGAUGACAAUGUGUCAAAUUCCACCUUUGUCAUGGGAAAGUCUAAUGGAACUACCUUCACUCGUACGGAUUCAAUUAAUAAUGCCGCUUACUUCGAGGGUACCAACAUCCUGGUUUACAUUCGCGGUAAGGAGGACGAUGAAGGCGAGUGGUGGGAGGCCGAUUACGCCCAUGGAAUGAGACGUAAUGCGAAGGGUCUUACCUUGGUCAAUGCCCAUUACGAUUCCGUGUCAACGGGCUUUGGUGCCACCGACGACGGCAUGGGAGUCGUGACUGCCUUGCAAGUCCUCAAAUAUUUCACCGCCCCGGGCCACCAACCCCAGCGCGGCAUCGUGGUCAUGUUGAAUAACGGCGAGGAAGAUUGGCUCUACGGCGCCCAUGCCCUCGGUCAGCACAAGCUGAAUCCAUUCAUCCAUACCUUCUUGAACCUCGAAGGUGCCGGUGCUGGAGGCAGGGCAAUAGUAUUCCGUGCCACAGAUCGCGAGGUUAUGGCGGCGUAUGCUAGAACAUCGCACCCUUUCGGUACUGUGAUUGCAUCUGAUGCCUUCGGCCUGGGCUUCAUCUCUAGCGGUACCGACUACUCAGUACUCGUUGACGCUUACGGCCAGCGUGGAAUCGACUUGGCCUUCUUCAAGCCCCGUGCGAGAUAUCACACCAACCAGGACGAUACUCGGCACACUUCCAAAGGAAGUCUUUGGCAUAUGCUGUCAGCAGCUAUCCACACAACCAAGCAAUUUUCCGGUGACACUGGCAACACAUUCAUCGGUCAGAGGCCUGAUAAAGCCCAUGGAAAGGUUGCCAACGGUCGUUCCUCUAACGGAGUGUGGUUUGACCUCUUCGGCAAAAGCUUUGUGCUCUUUGGUCUGCGCGGCAUGUUUGCCUGGUCGCUUACUCUUCUCGUCGCGACUCCGUUGGUCUUGGUCGGCAUCACCUGGCUUCUUCGUAACCUCGACAAGGACUACUUUUUCACCUCCACGGUCAAGACCAAGGAGCAUCCCGAAUAUGAAGCUGUUCCCAUUGGUGGAUGGAAGGGCUUCUUCCGCUUCCCCUUUGCUCUGGGUGUCGCUGUGUUUUUCACGAUCAGCUCGGCUCUUUUGAUGAAUAAGGUCAAUCCGUUGAUUGUCUACAGCAGUCGUUAUUCUGUAUGGGUUAUGAUGUUGUCCAUCUUUUACUUCUCCUUCUGGAUGAUCAUGCGCGGCGCCAAUUUCGUCCGUCCCAGCGCUCUUCACCGCGGCUACGCCAACCUGUGGCUCUUCGUUUUUGGCUGGAUUGUUCUGGUCGCCGUCACUGCCUUGGAGGACCGCCGUAGGAUUGCGGCGGGCUACAUCUUUGUUUUCCUCGAAUCGGCCAUCUUCUUGUCCUGCCUGAUCUCUUUCGUUGAGCUCUUGGCUCUGCCGAGGAAAUCUUCAUACGCCUUGCAAGUUCAGGAGGACUAUGACGGCCAGGAACAUGAUCACAAUGGAUAUCAGGGGUUCCGGGAUAGUACCGAUGAACCCUCUUUGAGGGCCAGGGCUGAAUCAUCCGCCUCUGCUGCUUCUCCUCCAUCGCCCACGGUUGCUCAGGAGCCCAGCAAGUCUAAAGCACCGGCCGGCACUACUAAUGGAUUGUCGACUGCGCCUUCUGUUGCCGCGCAUUCUUCGCAACCACAGCCUGCUCCCACCACACCCAUACCUGGUCGUUCUUCUGGCGCUCCUUCUACUGCAUCCCGGGAUGAGAACGAAUCCGAAGAUGAUGACGAACCGACUGAGCGGACACCGCUCGUUGGUGGUAAUGGCACCAAUGAUCGUGGCCGUACUACGUUUGCGACUACUUAUCGCCGCUCUAUCACCGCGUUGGUCCACGGAGCCCGGAAGAUGGAAGAAGAUGGGGAGCCCUACGACCAUGAGCAAGAAUGGUCUGGACAUCUGCCUUCUUGGGCAUGGUUCUUCCAGUUCUUGUUGCUGGGCCCCUUCAUGAUUAUUCUUGCAGCUCAGACGGGUCUGAUGCUGACAGACGCAGUAUAUCAGACGGGAUCAGACGGUAGCAAGCUCAUCACGCCCUACCUCAUCAUCUUCGUCUUCACUGUCUUGCUUAUCCUUCCCCUCACGCCCUUCAUUCACCGUGUCACACAUCACAUUCCUGUGUUCCUACUUGUCGUCUUUAUCGUCACCCUUACCUAUAACCUCAUCGCCUUCCCCUUCUCGGCCAACAACCGGUAUAAGACCUUCUUCGGUCAGUACAUUGACGUCGCCACCGGCGACAACAAGGUCUGCUAUACCGGUAUCGAGGAGUACGUCCGUCCCAUUAUCGCUGAACUCCCUUCUGCAUCCGGACGGGAAGUCACCUGUGGCAAAUCCCUUCGCCGUGGUUCCACGAUAUCAACGUGCUGUUUCGACGGAUCUGCGGUCCCACCCAAGCUUGGAAGCGAAGAUGACAAUGGUCUCCCUCAGGACAGCUACGCCGACCUUAUCACCAUCAACGCCACGCGCAACACCAAGCGAGGCGACUCGUCAAGGACCACUGCCCGGAUCGAGAUCACGGCUGAUAACACCAAGUCGUGCUUUCUUCAGUUCAAGAAGCCUGUGUCGGCAUUGGCUGUCGAGAACGGCUCCGGCUGGGACGACCGCUUUGGACAGUACCCUGAGGAUGGAGUGGGGCUGGUUAGGCUCUGGCACAGGGAGUUUGGUAAGACGUGGGUGGUGAAUGCGGAGUGGAAGGGCUCGGAAACCAGGAAGGAGUAUGAUGAGAAUGAUGGCACGGUGAUUUGUAUGUGGAGCGAUGCAAACACGCCGGGGACUAUUCCGGCAUUGGAUGAGGCGUUACAGUUUGUCCCGAGUUGGGCAGCUGUGACUAAAUUCUCGGAGGGGUUAGUGGAGGGAAGGAAGGCGUUUAAGAUUGUGUAGGGAAAUAGCGGUAUGGAUGAGAGAUUUGUGAAGUGACGUAGCGAAGGAGUAGGAGUUGCUGGCAUAAGGAGGUUGGUUGGGUUUGACUUAUUUCCUACAUGGCAUGUGUAUACCCUAUCCAGCCCUUGGUCAUUCCUUUUCCCUUCUCCACUGUUGACAUUGAACCUGGGCAUUUUUCCUGGAUGGGUUGUUGAUGUUAAUCUAGAGUGUGGCAACUAACGGCAUGCUUUGCCAUUUGACUCGAAUAGCUAUUUGCCUUCGGCUCACAUCUCGAGUCGCU